AUGUCCCAAGUCAAACCACCUACUGUGUACGGGGGUGAUGAUGACGCAGAAGAAUUUGAGCGAUUCAUCUCGCAACUCGUAGAUGUCAUGAAUAUGCAGAAUAAGUGUGGCGAGGCCUAUGAAUGGCAUUGCCUGACGUACUUCAGCUACUGCCCGACUGGCCAGGCCGAAAAGUGGUUUUGUGAGCAAGUAUGGAGGCUGUACUAUGUGCAUAGAGUGCCGUGGAUGUUUAGAGAGGCUGCUCGAGCAAUGAGGAGUAACCAAUUGUUUAACAAUCUGACAUGUGCUGCCAACUGCAUGCAUGUCAAACCGUCAGACUAUGGGAUUGUCUGCAGGUUCAUCAGACGAUUGCCGUUGCAAAUUUGCAAAGAUUUGUUUAGGAUCCACAACGUCACUGCAGAGAACUUGACACUAGAGCAUGUGUAUGGUAUUGCCCACUGGAUCAAGAAUAACCUUAAGACAAACGGCAUUGCUAUAUGCACAAGCACAUCGAACCACCCUGCACAACAAAGCACAAGAGCAGCCAAUAACCAGUCCGCAUUGAUACCAAGCACAGACACCCAAGAACAGUCGGAUAGGACGUAUCAACUUGGAUCCAACUCCAGGAGAGACUCACAACAAAACCGGCAACCGCAGGCUUCACAAAAUCAAUCAGACAACCAGCAUGACUCCUGUCCAAUGCAUUCCAUGAUGGUUACCCCGCGAAACAAACAAUUGUCAUCAAGGCAAGACCAGCAAUCUAGGAUGAAUAAUCCUAAAGGCAAGCUAGUUAACAAGUCCACUUCUAAUGGUGACGGCACCAAAUACACCUACUCUUAUAACGACUGGGGACAAGAGUCUGAAGAUGAAUACUUCCAGCCAUACAUCCUCAAUGACUGGGUGGAGGACGAGGAUGAGUUUUGGGCCAGUGCCAUAGAUAUCUCUGAUUCUAACGCAGCUAUUACUCAUACUGCUAGUGAUCAGUAUGAACUAAUGGAUACCUGUGACCCAUUUGCCCCUUACCUAGAAUUAGAGUGUCUUCCAACGGUGGUGCCGGAAUGGGUACAACUGAAAGCCAUCGCCAAUCACAAAGUGGAUUGA